AUGGGCUACUACUACGACGAAGGCGAUGCGUUCAACUUCUACCUGACGAUCUGGGGAGGCGAUCACUGCCAUGUCGGCAUAUACACUGCAGAGGAAGAAGCGCAGGACAUGCAGCCUCCUGCAGGAGGAGUCAAGGGCGAGAGCACAGAGUCCGACACCAUUCUUCUUGCGUCCAACAGAUCGCUUGAGAAGAUCUUGGAGUUGAGCAAGCCUGCUUUUGAGGGCAGAAGUGAAGGACUUGCCAUGGACAUGGGGGCAGCGUACGGAGGAUGUGCGAGAGCUCUUUCCAAGAAGUAUGGCUGCAAGGUUGUCUGCGUUGAGCUUUCAAAGCGUGAGAACGAAGUCAACAUUCAGCGGAACGUCGAGUUGAAGAUGCAGGACAAGAUCAUUGUGCCUGGAGAGCUGAGCUUUCUUGAUACACAGCAGGAGGCAGGAGUCUUUGAUUGCUGUGUCUCUGAAGACUCGAUUCUUCACGCCGGGAAGGCAAGACCAGCCGUGGUGGCGGAGGCUGCCAGGGUUCUUCGCAAGGGAGGCCUGUUCGUCUUCAGCGACAUCAUGCAGAAGGACUGCGUUGACACCUCUACGCUGAAGGAUGUCUACGAUCGCAUCGGACUUGAAGACAUGGGAAGUCCAGCCAAGUACAUUGAGUGGGCUUCCCAGGCAGGCAAGCUGCUAGCGUCAAGCUUCCAAUUGAAGAGGUACGAAGACUUCUCGCCCCAGAUUGCCGUCCACUACGGCAAAAUCUUGAAGAUGCUCGAGGGACCAACGAGAGAGAAGCUCCGAGGCAAGGUGUCGGACGAGUACAUCGUUUCGAUGAUGAAGGGGUUGCGGGCAUGGGUGGCGGCGUCGCACGCUGGAAGCAUUGUCUGGGGAUUCUUCGUGUUCGAGAAGCUCUAA